GCCGCGACGCCCAGGGGACUGGAGGGACGCACUGAGCAUGUGCAGAUCAGCUCGGUGGUGGCUGCUGCGGCCGGAGGCGAGGGCCCGGUGCUGAUGCGAACCGCCGGCUCGGCCUCAGCCCGCGCGUGGUCGGCCCCCCAGGCUGGGGCGGCAGGGAAGGAGCCGUAGCCUCCCUGUGGCCCGAGGAGCCGGCGCGGCGGCGCGCACUCCCCGGCGGCCGCGGCGCCCUCGGGGCCCACGAUGAUGGCGGAGCAGGUGAAAUGUGCCUCGGCGGGGGUCAGCUCUGGAGCGGGCUCCGGGCCGGUGGUGAACGCGGAGCUGGAGGUGAAGAAGCUGCAGGAGCUGGUGCGCAAGCUGGAGAAGCAGAACGAGCAGCUGCGGAGUCGAGCGGCAAGCGCGGCCGCCGCCCCGCACCUGCUGCUGCUGCCGCCGCCGCCACCCGCCGCGCCGCCCCCCGCCGGGGCCUGCAGCCCAUUGGGUCCUCGGAGCCCCCCGGCCGCCACGGUCACCGCCGCGGCCUCAGGGGGCCUGGGGCUCGGGUUGGCGCUGGGCGCGGGCGGUGGCGGUGGCGGCAGCGGCAGUGGCAGCGGCGGUGGCUCCAGUCCCGCGUUCCCGGGCACCUUCUGCCUGCCUAGCCCCGCGCCCUCCCUGCUUUGCAGCCUGGCGCAGCCACCCGAGGCGCCCUUCGUCUACUUCAAGCCGGCAGCGGGCUUCUUCGGCGCGGGCGGUGGCGGGCCGGAGCCGGGGGGCGCGGGGACGCCGCCGGGGGGAGCUGCAGCGCCGCCCUCGCCGGCCCCCACGCUGCUGGACGAGGUGGAACUGCUGGAUCUGGAGAGCAUAGCCGCCUGGCGGGACGAGGACGACUACACCUGGUUAUACGUUGGCUCUUCAAAGACGUUCACCUCAUCAGAGAAAUCCCUGACUCCUUUGCAAUGGUGUAGACAUGUCCUAGAUAACCCAACUCCUGAGAUGGAAGCAGCAAGACGUUCCCUGUGCUUUAGACUGGAGCAAGGUUACACUUCCAGGGGCUCCCCGCUCAGUCCCCAGUCAUCUAUCGACAGUGAGCUGAGUACUUCAGAAUUGGAGGAUGAUUCUAUCUCCAUGGGAUAUAAAUUACAGGACCUCACUGAUGUUCAGAUCAUGGCUCGUCUGCAAGAAGAAAGUCUCAGGCAAGAUUAUGCUUCUACUUCAGCAUCUGUAUCAAGACAUAGUUCCAGUGUGUCAUUGAGUUCAGGAAAAAAAGGGACAUGUAGUGAUCAAGAAUAUGACCGAUACAGUCUGGAGGAUGAAGAGGAAUUUGAUCAUUUGCCACCACCUCAGCCUCGUCUUCCAAGAUGUUCCCCUUUCCAAAGAGGAAUUCCCCAUUCACAGACUUUCUCCAGCAUUCGGGAUUGUAGGAGGAGUCCCAGUUCCCAGUAUUUUCCUUCAAAUAAUUACCAGCAGCAACAGUAUUAUUCACCUCAAGCCCAAACUCCAGAUCAGCAACCAAAUAGGACCAAUGGAGAUAAACUCCGAAGAAGUAUGCCUAACCUAGCCCGGAUGCCAAGUACAACUGCCAUUAGUAGCAAUGUUAGUUCUCCAGUCACCGUGCGAAAUAGUCAGAGUUUUGACUCAAGCUUGCAUGGAGCUGGAAAUGGAAUUUCAAGAAUACAGUCUUGUAUUCCAUCACCAGGACAGCUUCAACACAGAGUCCACAGCGUGGGGCAUUUCCCAGUGUCUAUCCGACAACCUCUUAAAGCCACAGCCUAUGUGAGUCCAACCGUUCAAGGCAGCAGUAACAUGCCUUUAUCAAACGGCUUACAGCUGUAUUCCAACACAGGAAUCCCCACACCGAACAAAGCUGCAGCUUCUGGGAUAAUGGGUCGCAGUGCGCUCCCAAGACCUUCGUUGGCAAUAAAUGGGAGUAACCUGCCUCGAAGCAAAAUUGCACAACCUGUUAGAAGUUUUCUUCAGCCUCCAAAGCCUCUGUCUUCACUCAGCACUCUGAGGGAUGGAAAUUGGAGAGAUGGUUGCUACUGAUGCAGUUUUAUGUACCCUUGAAAAAUGGGAAAGAAGUAAAAAUGAGGGUUGUGUUACCUAGCUGGCUGGGUAGCAGUGGAUGUUGGGAUAUUCUUUCCCUUUUGUGUUUUAAUAUAUUUACUGCAUUGUUUCUCAAUGGACCAGUCACCAGAGACUAAUUAUUGCACUUAAAUAUUUGCCUGAGAUACUGCAACAUUCUCAAACCCAUGGUUGCAGUAUUGUGACACUUAGAUCUAGGAAGUUUUUGUAGAACUGCUCUGUACCUGAAUACAUUUUGAGAGAAUUGAGAUGUAUCAAUAAUGCUUUGCCAUAUGAGUUUUUUAAAGUAACUUGUUCAAUUUACUUAACGUGUUCUAAACAUCUUUCCAUUACAUGUUCUGUAUUUUAAUACAUUGCAUAUUGACAACUAGGUUCUAUAAUGUAUGCUUUGAAAUUUACUUUUUUAUAGUUUACAGGAAUUUUAUUUUUUGUGCCUAUUUCUUUUUACACCUGUGUGAACCACUAUGGAACAACUUAAAUUUUGUGCCAUAAAAAUAUUUUUGUGGUAAGGUACUAUUUUUUUAGCUCUAGGGAUAUAUCAGCAAAAACACAUCAUGCAAUUUGAGAGGCAUAAUUUUGUGUUGAAUGAGCACAACAUAAUUUGAAGCAUUGCAAGGAGAUAGCCAGACAGCAGAAUUAAAUGGUCCUGUCUUUUUCAUUGUUAAUUUAUUGUCAUACAUGGGUUUCAUAUUUAUAACGGCAUCAUGAGCUCAUUGCACUUAAUACCUGCAAUGUUUGCUACUGUACCACAAUUGAUUUUCAAUACUUUAUUACAAAGGAUGAAACUGUAAUGUUUUAUUAACAAUGCUUCUGGAAAUGAAUGCAUUUUAAAGCAAAUAAAUCUUUUUGAUAGACCUUUUACAAAAUCCAUUUGCACUAAUGAAUGCUUUCUUAUGGCAUAUAACUUAAUAUUUGUUACUGUGUACACUGCUGUUUUGGAAUGUUCAGAAAUAAAGACUCUAUUUCAGCAAUA